UGACGCUGUGGCGCCACUGUUAACGAUGUGAUGGAGCAUGACCUCAGUGGUGAUGUGGCGAUAACAAUUGACGUCACUAACAAUGAUUCGGUGAGCGACACCACUGAUUGUGAUUGUGCGCUUCACAAAGGGAUGAGAAGGCGUCCCACCAACUCUAUCACGGAGCUCCGUCUGCAGCUGGGCAGCGGACCGGCAGGACCGCCUGGAGAGUCGGGCUACGGCGGCCGCGGCGGGCAGCAGGCGGCCUCGCCCCAGAUCGUUCCCGGCGCCGUCACCUUCCCCAACAAGGAGGCCAUGCUGAAGCGUUCCGAGGUCAGCCCGGUGGGCACGCUGGCGUUCGUGAUGGACGAGGAGGCCCUGCUGGUCCGCGUCAGCGCAGGCUGGCAAUACGUGUCGCUGGGCUCCGUGGUGGAUCAUAAACCGACAGAGCCACCCACCACCACUGCGCAGACGGCUGAGCACAGAUCGCCGCCCCCCUUCGAGUCCGGCAACCUCGUCUCGCAGGUGGACGGCCCCAGGCUGCGUCUGGCGGCGCUGAAUGAGCCUCACCACGGCGACAAGAUGGGCCUGCGGGGCUUCGACUACGAGUGCUACCGGCAGGCCCGCCGCUCCAAUCUCCACAGCACGUUCCGCGCGCUGCUCUCGUCCCGCACGCAGAACCUGGACAGUAUCGUGCGCACCGAGGACCGCACCCUGCCCGUGGUCAACAUUAAGGGUGAUCUCCUAUUUGAGAGCUGGAAGAGCAUAUAUAAGGGAGACGGAGGAGUGUUCGCGCAAAGACCAACGGUCUACAGCUUUGACGGGAAGGACGUGUUACAGGAUGCGUUGUGGCCGCAGAAGAUCGUCUGGCACGGUGCCACCGAGCGCGGUGAGCGCGACCUAGACAAUUACUGCGACGCCUGGCACUCCUCUUCUGCUGACAAGGUCGGCAUGGCCAGCAGUCUGUUCCACAGCCGGCUGCUCGAACAGGAAACUUACGCCUGUAACAACCGCUUCAUCGUGCUCUGCGUCGAGGUGGGCAACAUGCGGCGGCGGCGGCGGCGCAGCGUCGACAGCGACGUGCUGAUGAGCCCCGAGCAGUACGCCGAGCUGCUGCAGCAGCUGGACUCGGAACAAGCCGAGUAGGCGACCCGGUCCCCCGGCCGCUGCUGCCGCCCGGCCGGCCCAGAGACGUGAUACGCCGGCCACCGCCGGAGUUGUUGUUGUUUUCGUGUCGGCGCCGCGCCGUUUGGUGCGUUCUGCUCUCUGUUCUGCUGUCCGUCUAGCGGGUGCGCACCCGCCGUGUGCUUGGAUUUGUGGACUUGACGCGGGGCGGCCACAGGCAAUAAGCACCGCUGAGGAUGAGAACUUCUUAAUUUUUUCCGGGCAUUUCGCGCCGCGGUCAGCGAUUUCUAUGCGAGGCCCUGUGAGCACAAUCACUGCCAGUGUUUGUCAAUAAUCAUCUUCUUUUCGGAGGUGCGUCUACGGGACAUCAUUCCAUCGGUUCUGGACACGUGAUAUGUUUUAUCCGCGUGCAUUGCUUGCUUGGGCAGCGGAAUGCCUCGGUUUGAGAGGUGUUGUCAAUUUUUAUCACGUGUUUCCAUUUUGUGAUAAUUCAUAACGCUUUUAGUUGAACUUAAGUAUGAUUUAAGGCUUAAUUAGUCUUAUUGAAAGCAAGAGCUUUGACGAGAUGCUUUGGUUAGCUUACGGCUUGUUUUAGUUACAACUUGGUCAAUGCGAUGCUAAUGGUUUUCUGCUUGUGCCAAACUUAUCACGCUAGUCCAGUGUAGUUUGUUUUGUAAAUUUUAACAUUUCGGUGAAAAUGUGACGAGCUGGCCGGCCUUCUACCUACGGCAGCUAGGGCCUCUCACAGAAUUAGCACUUUUUAAACGAAUAUUUGAUGACCCCAAUCCUUUUUUCUCCGCGAGUUUUGAGAACAGUGUGUAAAACAAACCCUAGCCCUGCGGUCGUGUGGCAGUUCUUCCAUUUUCAAUAAUAGCUAUGUAUGUAUUCGAAUUAGACCUGUAAUUGUGUGCGUUCUUUCCACAUUGCUGUAUAGGGAGAUCGGCUUCGCUUUGAUGUUUUGUGAGAAAUAAACGUAGUCAAAUGUA